AUGCAAAUGCGUGUUGGCGUGUCCCGUGCCCAUCCGCUCGGCAGCCAAGCUGCUGCCCUAUUGACAUUGCAAAACCCAUCCAAAUCUACCGAUAGCAGCGAUCGUUGGUCAUCAUUCAGCUUCAGCGUCUUGCGACCAAAGCUUGCCAAAGCAAAUCCAACGAACUUCGUAGCCAGCGCCAACAAAUCAACAACAAUGAAACUCUUCGUCUUCGCUGUGUGCGCCAUUGCCGUGGCCUCCGCCGAUGUGUCCCACCUCAACCUGGGCGGCAGUGGUUACAACUACAACAAGCCCACGCCGACCUUCAACAUCCCGUCGGCUCCAGCUCCGGUUUACUCUGCGCCAGCUCCGGCACCAGUGUACUCCGCCCCUGCCCCAGCUCCAGUGUACUCUGCUCCUGCCCCGGCUCCAGUUUACUCUGCACCUGCCCCGGCUCCUGAGUACCUGCCCCCUGUCCAGGACAUCCCAGCUCCUGCCCCAGCUCCAGUUUACUCUGCUCCUGCUCCUGCACCAGCUCCAGUCUACUCUGCUCCUGCCCCGGCUCCAGUGUACUCUGCUCCUGCUCCAGCUCCAGUUUACUCUGCACCUGCCCCGGCUCCUGAGUACCUGCCCCCUGUCCAGGACAUCCCUGCCCCAGCACCAGCUCCAGUUUACUCUGCUCCUGCCCCAGCUCCAGUUUACUCUGCUCCUGCCCCAGCUCCAGUUUACUCUGCUCCUGCCCCAGCUCCAGUUUACUCCGCUCCUGCCCCAGCUCCAGCUAACGAGUACCUGCCCCCUGUCCAGGACAUCCCAGCUCCUGCCCCAGCUCCAGUCUACUCUGCUCCUGCCCCAGCUCCAGUUUACUCUGCUCCUGCUCCAGCUCCAGUCUACUCUGCUCCUGCUCCUGCCCCGGCUCCAGUUUACUCUGCUCCUGCCCCAGCUCCUGAGUACCUGCCCCCCGUCCAUGACAUCCCAGCCCCAGCACCAGCUCCAGUCUACUCUGCCCCUGCCCCAGCUCCCGUUUACUCCGCACCAGCUCCUGCUCCCGUGUACUCUGCCCCCGCACCCGCACCCGUGGAGUCUGGAUACCAGUACAAUGUGCCUGCCAAGCGUUUCCGCUUCUAA